AUGGGAUUCAACCCUCAACAAAUGCAGUUUGUUGUUGCUGUUUUUUGUCUGAGAGCAAUGACCAAAUCUACAUUGGAUAAGAAGGUUGAAGUUUAUAGGAAAUGGGGAUUGUCUGAAGAAGAGAUCCGUUUAGCUUUUAAAAAGAAUCCAUGGUGUAUGAUGAUUUCUGAGGAUAAGAUUAAUGGUGCAAUGGAUUAUUUUGUCAACAAAAUUGGAUGCCAAUCAUCUUACGUUGCUAGAAGACCAGGUUUAACUUUAUAUAGUUUGAAGAAGAGGCUUUUGCCUAGAGGCUAUAUUUAUCAAGUUUUGCUGUCAAAGGGUUUGAUUAAAAAACACGAGUAUCUUUCUUCGUUGUUUAAUUCUUCUGAAAACCGUUUCAUAAAAAAAUUCAUCAACCCACAUAAGGAGCAGAUUCCUGGACUUUUGGAGUUGUAUAAAGAGAGAUUAAUGGAUUCUAGAAGAUGA